AUGUUUUUCAAGGAAGUCCCAUCUGUGCAGACAUCAGAAAUCUCACACAGGCGAGAAGCCAUAUUCUGUCCUGAGUGCGGGAAAUGUUUUGCACAAAAAUCAGAUCUUGUCAAACAUGAAAGGUCUCACACAGGUGGUGAGAAGCCAUAUUCUUGUCCUGAGUGUGGGAAAUGUUUUUCAGUGAAGUCCAGUCUUUACACACAUCAAAGAUCUCACACAGGGGAGAAGCCAUAUUCUGUCCUGAGUGUGGGAAAUGUUUUUCAGUGA